AAAUCAAUAAUAAUAAUAAUGGCCGAUUUAAAGAAAAGUGAUAAAAUAGGCAUCGUUGGCAGUGGGCUCAUCGGACGCUCGUGGUCCAUGCUGUUCGCCUCGGUUGGCUAUCAGGUGACGCUCUAUGACAUCCUGCCCGAGCAGGUGCAGGGCGCACUGACUGCGACGCAAAAGGAAUUGCUGAAUCUGGAGACGAAGGGUCUGCUGCGUGGCAAAUUGACUGCAAAGGAUCAAUUUAGUUGUAUUUCGGGCACCAACGACAUCAAGGAGCUGGCCAAAGGCGCUUUCUUUAUACAGGAGUGUAUACCCGAGAAGUUGGAGUGGAAACAAGAGCUGUUCAAGAAGCUCGACGAUGUGGUUGAUAGCAACACAAUAUUGUCCAGUUCCACAAGCACAUUUCUACCGUCGCUGUUCACUGCCAACUUGAAGCACAAACACAACACUGUUGUCUCGCAUCCCGUCAAUCCGCCCUACUAUGUGCCGCUGGUGGAGAUUGUGCCAGCGCCAUGGACCAAGCCAGAGGUUGUCCAAAGGACUCGCGACCUAAUGGAUGAAAUUGGCCAGAAGCCCGUCACGCUGUCGCGUGAGAUUGAAGGCUUUGCCCUAAAUCGCAUUCAAUAUGCCAUCUUGAAUGAGACGUGGCGUCUGGUUGAAUCCGGCAUACUCAAUGUCCGGGAUAUUGACAGCGUCAUGAGCGAUGGUCUGGGCAUGCGUUAUGCCUUCCUGGGCCCACUGGAGACGGCGCAUCUGAACGCCGAAGGAAUGGCCAACUAUUUUGAGCGCUACUCGAAAACGAUCCAUGCCGUCAGCGUGACAAUGGGCGACACUCCCAAAAUGGAGGGACCCACUGCUGUCGAGAUUGCCAAGCAGCUGAACGAUAUGGUGCCACUGGACAAACUAGUCGAACGUCGGACUUAUCGCGACAACUGUCUGACUCAUCUCAGCAUUUUGAAGAACAAGCUCAAUGACAAGUAAAUCAAAUCAAACAAGUCACAUGAAAUUACAUGAAAUUAAAUGCUAAUUUAUUCAGAACUAACAAUUACUAAUUGUGAUUUACAAGAAGAAAAGAAAAUACAAGCAUUUCAUUUGAUCUUA